GACAGUCUGAGACCAUACGCUGGAUUAUGGAUAAAUAAAACUCAUAGUAAAAUAAAUUAAAUAAAGUAAAAUUAAUUAUAUUUUUUUGUAAAAGGAAACGAAAAAAUCAACAAAGGAAACAUGACUCAGAAGAAGGUGUCACCUGAAGUCGCGACUGUAGCUGGCAAUUUGCCUCCGAGCUACGAAGAAGCCAACGCAGGAUGCCCCGGUUACAGUUACAGCGAUGGUGCAUUUUUAUGGGACGAUAAAAACAUCAGACGCGUUUUCGUGCGCAAGGUUUAUUCGAUUCUGAUGCUGCAGCUGGUUGUUACUCUGGCUAUUGUGUCUCUUUUCACCUUUUAUGAACCGGUGAGGUUUUAUAUUCAGACUCAUCCUGCGCUUUACUCCACGUCCAGCCUCCUGUUUCUUGUCACCUAUUUAAUGUUGGCUUGCUGUGGAGAUUUAAGGAGGCAGUUUCCCUGGAAUCUCAUUCUGCUCUCAGUCUUUACACUGUGCAUGGCUUUCAUGCUGGGUUUCAUUUCCAGCUUCUACAACACGAGGUCAGUGAUCUUGUGUCUCGGCAUCACGGUUGUGGUGUGUGUGUGUGUCACCGUCUUCAGCUUUCAGACGAAGAUCGACGUCACGUCGUUCCAGGGCCUUCUGCUGAACCUCUGCCUGGUGCUGCUCGUCUGCACUCUCGUCAUGGGAUUUGUCGUCCCGUUCGGAUACCUUCCGUGGUUACACACACUCUAUGGGAUUUUGGGCGCCGUCACUUUCACCAUGUUUUUGGCAUUUAACACUCAGCUGUUGAUGGGGAACAGACAGUACGCCCUGAGUCCUGAGGAGUACAUCUUCGCCGCUCUCACUCUCUACCUCGACAUUGUUUAUAUUUUCACUCACAUUUUACGGCUGUUCGGUGACAGCAACGAAUAAAUCAAACAAAUAAAUCAAAUAAAAAAUAAAUCAAAUACAACGAAUAAAUAAAAAAAAAAAUAAAUCAAA